GUUGUCUGUUGUGGUGCGAGGGUGUCGCAGAACCCGCCCAAACUGGAGUGCCCGGCUUUUUAUCUGCAUCUCUCUUUCCACGACACCAAACCCAGAGCGGCCAGGAGGGCUGAAGAGACGCAAGGGCUGAGAGCUUGCUUGCUUGCUUCGCCAGCUCUGAGCGCUGCUGCCGCCGCCGCCGCCGCCUGGGGAGAUGGGAGGUGUCAGCCCCUGAAGUGAUGUGCCGACCUGCCCUGGAUCAAGAGGUGCCGAGGGGAAAAGCAGCUGUGAAUCACGGUGAUGGAUGUUCACGGCUCAUGGGUCCGGGCUCUGGUUCCCUGCGAGAAGCUGCCACGGCCCACCGAGAUGUCCAGGCACCAUAGCCGCUUCGAAAGAGAUUACCGCGUAGGCUGGGACCGCCGCGAGUGGAGUGUCAAUGGGACCCACGGGGCCACCAGCGUCUGCAGCGUCACCUCCGGGGCCGGCGGAGGCACAGCCAGCAGUCUCAGUGCGCGACCAGGCCUCCUGCCGCUGCCCGUGGUGCCCUCCCGGCUGCCCACACCGGCCACCGCUCCUGCUCCCUGCACGACGGGCAGUAACGAAGCCAUCACCAGUCUCGUGGCCAGCUCGGCCUCCGCAGUCACCACCAAGGCUCCAGGCAUCUCCAAAGCCGACAAUCAGUCCCAGGGACUCACGACCAGCAUUCGAUGGGGCCAGACGCCCAUCAAUCAGUCCACACCCUGGGACACCGAUGAGCCGCCCUCCAAACAGAUGAGGGAGAGUGAAAAUCCAGGCACAGGGCCAUGGGUGACCACGGUGGCCGCCGGGAACCAGCCUUCCCUGAUUGCACACUCCUAUGGAGUGACCCAGCCUCCCACCUUCAGCCCGGCUGUGAACGUCCAGGCCCCGGUCAUCGGGGUGACUCCCUCACUGCCUCCCCACGUGGGGCCCCAGCUCCCGCUGAUGCCGGGCCACUACUCACUCCCACAGCCGCCCUCCCAACCACUGAGCAGUGUGGUGGUGAACAUGCCUGCCCAGGCCCUGUAUGCCAGCCCUCAGCCCCUGGCGGUAUCCACUUUGCCUGGCGUGGGGCAGGUAGCCCGCCCGGGACCCACUGCGGUGGGCAACGGCCACAUGGCAGGGUCUCUGCUGCCUCCACCUCCGCCAGCCCAGCCGUCCGCUGCUCUCCCCAGUAACGUCCCUGCUACCAAUGGGCCCCCCACCACAGACUCGGCCCAUGGGCUACAAAUGCUCCGGACCAUUGGAGUGGGGAAGUAUGAAUUCACCGACCCAGGGCACCCUAAAGAAAUGUUGAAGGAGCUGAACCAGCAGCGCCGAGCGAAAGCGUUUACAGACCUGAAAAUUGUUGUUGAAGGCAGAGAGUUUGAAGUCCACCAAAAUGUUCUAGCUUCCUGCAGCUUGUAUUUCAAGGACCUGAUUCAAAGGUCGGUGCAGGACGGCAGCCAGGGCAGCCGGGAGAAGCUGGAACUGGUGCUCUCGAACCUGCAGGCUGACGUCCUCGAGUUACUGCUGGAAUUUGUCUACACCGGCUCGCUGGUCAUCGACUCCGCCAACGCCAAGACCCUGCUCGAGGCGGCCAGCAAGUUCCAGUUCCAUACCUUCUGCAAAGUCUGCGUGUCCUUUCUCGAGAAGCAGCUGACCGCCAGCAACUGCCUGGGUGUGCUGGCCAUGGCUGAGGCCAUGCAGUGCAGCGAGCUCUACCACAUGGCCAAGGCCUUCGCGCUGCAGAUCUUCCCCGAGGUGGCGGCCCAGGAGGAGAUCCUCAGCAUCUCGAAGGAUGACUUUAUCGCCUACGUCUCCAAUGACAGUCUCAACACCAAGGCCGAGGAGCUGGUCUAUGAAACUGUCAUCAGGUGGAUCAAGAAGGACCCAGCAGCACGGGCGCAGGUAGGUAGGCCUGCUGCACCCAGUCCCUGCAGGGGUGGGGUCUGCUGCAAGGGUGGAGGAAGGGGAAGGGCUGCAUGUCUCAACAGCAAGGAUUGUAUAGGAGUCGGAAAUAAUGAGAGAGAGUCUAGUGUGGCCGAGGUCAUCGUUUUGGUUGGGGGCCGGCAGAUGGUGGGGAUGACCCAGCGCUCACUGGUGGCUGUCACCUGCUGGAAUCCACAGAACAACAAGUGGUACCCCCUGGCCUCGCUGCCUUUCUAUGACCGAGAGUUCUUCAGUGUAGUGAGUGCCGGGGACAACAUCUACCUCUCAGGUGGUAUGGAAUCAGGGGUGACGCUGGCGGAUGUCUGGUGCUACAUGUCCCUGUUGGAUAACUGGAACCUGGUCUCCAGAAUGACUGUCCCUCGCUGCCGCCACAACAGUCUCGUCUAUGAUGGGAAGAUUUACACGCUCGGGGGACUUGGAGUGGCAGGCAAUGUGGACCACGUGGAGAGGUACGACACCAUCACUAACCAAUGGGAGGCGGUAGCCCCUCUGCCCAAGGCAGUGCACUCAGCCGCGGCCACCGUGUGUGGUGGCAAGGUCUACGUGUUUGGUGGGGUCAAUGAGGCAGGCCGAGCCGCAGGCGUCCUUCAGUCCUACGUGCCACAGACCAACACGUGGAGCUUCAUUGAGUCCCCAAUGAUCGACAACAAGUAUGCCCCCGCUGUCACCCUCAACGGCUUUGUCUUCAUCCUGGGAGGAUCGUACGCCCGAGCCACCACCAUCUACGACCCAGAAAAGGGCAACAUCAAGGCAGGCCCGAACAUGAACCACUCUCGCCAGUUCUGCAGCGCUGUGGUGCUCGAUGGUAAAAUUUAUGCAACCGGAGGCAUCGUGAGCAGCGAGGGACCUGCCCUGGGCAACAUGGAAGCCUAUGAGCCCACAACCAACACAUGGACCCUCCUACCCCACAUGCCCUGUCCUGUGUUCAGACACGGCUGUGUCGUGAUAAAGAAGUAUAUUCAAAGCGGCUGACGUCAGCAGAGCGCCCAGGACGAGCCUACGGGACAAGUCUGGUGAGGCACCAUGCCCACACACCAUGGUUAUCCUUUCGACACCAAUGAGAGGCCCACACAACACAAUCAAGAAACUCACUGCGCGGACAUUUCGAAUAUUCUCUACAUUGAAUGUAGAAAAUCAUCCUCGCCUUUUGGAUGAAGUGGGGCACAGUGCUCCGGGCAGCAGGAACCUGGAACACGCAGAGGGAGCCAGGGAUCGCUGGCCAUCCAAGGCGCUUGCUCUCAACCCCGGGGCGGGCACUCGCUCUGCCCGGUGCAAUACUUUCACAUAUUUUUCAACUGGGAGAGAAGCUGUUUGGUUUAUUUUAUUUUAUUUUAUUUUUCCUUCUUGCAGAGCAAGCUCAAUCCCUAAACCACCAUAGAUCAGUUAUCCUGUGACAAUAUUGAGCAUCAGGCUCUUUGGGAAUAAGGUCAAAGUGUCCUUAUCACUUUGAUUCCUACUUUUUGUUUCGUUUUUAACCAAUCUACACGUUCAAGUGGCCGAGAGAAAAAAAAAAAAAUGAAGGACGGGACCGUGCAGCACCAAGGCCUAGGAGGGGGCUGGUGGCCACCAGACAGGAGAGAGAGCCAGCUGCGUGUGCCCAGCCAGGGCUGGCAGCCCCAGGGAUCGCUGGGAAGAACCGCCUGUCCUUCACGGGUUUUUCUAACCAUGUUUUCGCUGCAAAAGGGACAUGGUGGAUGUGCUCGCUUUCUCUUAGCCAGAAUGAAUUAUUUAGAUUUCCAAGGCAUUUUCUUGAUACACAAAAGGCUAUUUUUAAGUACCGAGAGGGGGAGGCCACCAGAGGGAUAACACAGGGACUUCCCAAAGCUCUUUGUAGGUAGUGCCAGAGCCACGGGGCGGGGCACUCGCUCUCAUUUUUCUAUGUGUGCAGAAUAGAGGAUCUCUCCUGAGAUGGGCCAUGCCCCCACUUUAUUUUUGGAAAAAGUUAACUCCCAGACAGCCCUGGAAGACCAUGCCUCAUGGAGGCAUUGUCAGUGGGGCAAGGGUCUAUCCUAGAAGAAUAUAGUUCUGGCUUCUGACACCAGUCCAGCUGUCCCUCCAUGAGGUAAAGCUGAGGACCCAGGCCCAGCAAGGGAGGGAGGGGCGGGAGGGAGAAGAAAUGUCUACAAAGCACAGGAGACUAUUUUUGAUAUUUAUAGCUAUAUAUUCAAGGCACCUGCCACAAGAGCUCUCAGGAUGGGGACAGCCUUCUUAGACGAGCCAUGACAGCCACGGCCUGAGGGGCACGAGAACAACCAUUCUUGUUGCCUUGUUGUAACAGUGACCCGAGAAAAGGGAAGCCAGGAAAGAGAUCCCGACGAGGCUCAAAAGAGAAAGGCCCUUCCCAUUAGUCCUUAGACCUUCAAACCUCACCCGGCCAUCAGUUUCCAUUCCAGGGCAGGAAGAAGGCCGCCACCGCCGCCGCCGUCGCCACCAUGCUGUUUAGUUGAAGUUAGUACCAAAUACACACCAUUUUUCCUACCUGGGAAGUCCGCUCGCCGCCGCCGCCGCCGCCGCCGUCACUUCACGAUAAGAACCGUUUGGCAGAGAGAGAGACAGGACACACUUUCCAUCCUUCAGUAUUGGACGACACAAAACCCCAGUCCUCACCGACCGGCAUCUGCGUCCAGCAUCCCAAGUGUGGCUCCCACCUGACAAAGAUACCGAGCUUCGUUAUGCAGUUUUUAAUAUUAUUUAUUAUUUAAAAAAAAAAGUAAUAAGCACAAAACUACAUACCUUGUAUGUCAUUUAAAAAGUAUUUAUGUCAAACAGGGUGCAAGUGUGAACCCAAGGACUGGAGCACAAAUUUCUAACUGCCUGGGGCAGGGCGAAUGUGAGCAUUGGUGUGCGUCUGCCUCCAAGGGAGGUGUUAGUGGUCAACAGGACUCCGCAGAUGACACUGAAAUUCUGUUUCUCUCCUCAUCUAUCACACUGGAGCAAAACUGGCUAUUUCUGUGAAUGAUAUAAAACAGGGUUCUCUGUAAUGGUAUUGUACAUAGUAUAUGUUUAUUGUUAAGUUGUUAUAUUAUAAUAAAUAUAUUUAUAGAUCUAGA